ACAACCAUACCUGAGGGUGAUUGUACAGAGGCGGGCAGAAUCAGAUUUAACCUCAUUGUGCUCACGAGGGUACGCCGGUGAGGGUUUGGAUGAGGAACGGGCUGCAGCGUAACAAAAGUAGCUUUUCAUCGGGUUUUCUUUUUGCCGCGUUCACCUGUCGGAGCAAUGUCUCGACUAAAACAGAGUUCCUCUGCAGCUUCCCCGUUGUCUCAGCUCAAGAUGUACAGCUUCAUGGGUGGGGGACUUUUAUGUGCCAUAGUGGGUAACAUCCUGCUGGUGGUCUCCACGGCCACAGACUACUGGAUGCAGUACCGUCUGUCUGGAAACUACGCCCACCAGGGUCUCUGGCGCUACUGCAUGUCCAACAAGUGCUACAUCCAGACCGACAGCAUCGCUUAUUGGAAUGCCACCAGGGCCUUCAUGAUCCUGUCGGGAAUAUCGUGCUUUGCUGGCAUCAUUGCCGGCAUCAUGUCCUUUUCACACUUCUCCUCCUUCGAGCGCUUCAACCGCUCCUUUGCUGCAGGAAUCAUGUUUUUCAUCUCCACUUUCUUUGUACUGCUGGCCAUGGCCAUCUACACCGGCGUGACGAUGAACUACCUGGGAAAGCGCUUUGGUGACUGGCGUUUCUCCUGGUCCUACAUCUUGGGCUGGGUGGCCAUGCUCAUGACCUUCUUUGCAGGUAUUUUCUACAUCUGUGCCUACAGAAUGUGUGAGUGCAGGAGAGGAACGGCCCCACGCUAGAUGUCUGCAGAAGGCACGGGACACGCUCAGUGUGGCUCGACAAGCAGGAAGCAUCAAGGCAGCCCCGACUGAUCCGAUGAAGAUGCGACAUCUGAUGGAGAUGCUGUCGCAGGUCUUUGAUGGUCUGCUUGGCUUGUUGAAGAAAGGAGCCGGGGUUAUUUUAUUCUAGGAAUACUCAACAUUGACAAAUUUAAGGCAUUUUUAGCCAGCAGAUGGCAGCACUAACACAGCCGGUCGCAGGCUCCUCUGAUAAUUGACUUUUUCUUUACAUUUGUUUUGAAUAUUGCAUUUAAUAAGAUAAUAAACAUGUUAGAGAAAGAAGAUUGUUGAUCAUUCCUGUAUGGCAAAAAAAUAAAUAAAAAAAAUUGGAACUCUUUUGACCAGACACGACACGAUGAACAACAUAGACAGAUUCUCUCAAUACUUUUGUCUUAUAUGCGCAGAAAAUACUCAGAGACAGCAUCUAUUGUUUAAUAUGAAUUAAAAAAGACAAAGUUC